CAGAUUAUUUGCUGUAACCUCGAGAGCAGUCCCACAGUCCUUAUUUCUUCAUUUUUUUUGUUAUCUGUCUCCUCAAAGUCUCUCUCUGCUCUGUCCCUCUUUUCAAAAACAAACACUUCUUGUAAAUUCCUAAUUACAGUAGUGAUUUUCCCUGGUAAUUCUUUACAAUCUUGGUAGUAUCUUCAAUCAAUCGUAAGCCCUUUUGUAUUUAUUUACAUACAUAUAAAAGCACACAUAUCUCAAAAACCCCAUCAGAUAUAAAUAUCAACACACUUCUUACAUGAUUACAGACAUCCCAUAGUUGCUGCCUCACACUAUCUCGAUUGUUGAAGUAUCUUUUCAAGUAAAAGCUGGACUUGACCAGAAGUCUUUUGGGUGAUUUAGACAUCUUUGUGAGGUUUAUCUGUUUUGACCCUCCUUCUGCCUCAAAGUUCGAUAAAAUUAUGAACUUGGAUGGAAUAAUAUUGUUUUGAAGAGUUUUAAAGUUCUGGGUUUCACUUAUUGUUGUGGAACUUACUAGAUUGAGAUGGGUAUCGAUGGGUAUGCUAAUAGCUCGGAAGUUCAGAAGGAUAAAGGGGAACAUAGGCAGGUAGCACGGAGCCUGAAUUUUGAUGCUGAUGCAGCACAAGAGUCGAAAACUAAGUCUGACAAUGAGCAGUUUGGUAAUGGUACUUUAGAUGGGGCAGAUGAUCCUUCAGUAAGUGUAUCAAGUGAGUCGACAUAUGAUCCCUUUGGUGCCAGUUCUUCUGAUGAAGAGGACAACCAGAUAAUUAAUCCAGCCGCUACAGAAGAAAAGACUUCAAGUCAGCCGUCAGAUGUUGGUUCUGUCCAUCAAGUAAACAACCACCUAAAGAACUGCGUCAAACAUUCACCAAGGUUGGAGGUUGCUAGAGAUUGGAGCAUUAGUCCUUCUCGGCAUCCCCGGAGAGGCCUGGGUCAUUCCAUUACUACACCUGUAAGAACCCACAGAAAUCACUUUUUUGAAAGUCACGGGGUUGCAAUUUCUAGGUCUAUGACUGAGAAGAAGGACAUGCCAAGGCAUGAUUUAAAAUUGGAUAGACUGUCAGAGCGUGAAAAGAAAAAGCUCAUUGUGGAACUUGUGAAGAUACAAAAUGAUGGCACUGUUAAGGUUGAUCUGACCGAUAAUGCACCUGUAGCAUCAGAAUUGUUAGAAUUUCAGUCUGUUGAAGGGAAACGUCCUUGUGUUGAUUACACUGUCAAUGAUUCUAGUAAACCCAUUCCAAAAUUGAAAAUUGCAAUUCUUGUGGUUGGGACAAGGGGAGAUGUCCAGCCUUUUCUAGCAAUGUCAAAGAGACUUCAGGAGUUUGGUCAUCAUGUUAGAUUGGCGACUCAUGCUAAUUUCCGCACUUUUGUGGAAUCAUCUGGUGUGAACUUCUAUCCACUGGGUGGUGAUCCUCGAGUUUUGGCAGGAUAUAUGGUCAAGAAUAAAGGACUCAUUCCAUCAGCACCGGGUCAAAUAUUUGUGCAAAGAAAGCAACUAAAGGCUAUAAUAGAGUCUCUUCUUCCAGCAUGCACAGAACCAGAUAUAAAAUCUGGAGAACCUUUUACAGCUGAAGCAAUAAUAGCGAACCCCCCUGCUUAUGGACAUGCACAUGUUGCUGAAGCUCUUGGUGUACCCCUUCACAUAUUCUUCACAAUGCCUUGGACGCCAACACAUGAAUUUCCACAUCCACUAGCACGUGUUCCCCAGAGUGCUGGUUAUUGGCUUUCAUACAUAGUUGUGGAUUUGAUGAUAUGGUGGGGGAUAAGAGGAUAUAUCAAUGAAUUCAGGAAAAAGAAGUUGAAUCUCCCUCCUAUAGCAUAUUUUAGCACGUACCAUGGGUCAUUAUCUCAUUAUCCAACUGGAUACAUGUGGAGUCCCCAUGUCGUGCCAAAACCAGUUGAUUGGGGGCCUCUAGUUGAUGUUGUUGGUUAUUGUUUCUUAAAUCUUGGAUCGAAGUAUAAAUCUCCUGAAGACUUUAGUCAGUGGAUCCAGAAAGGAUCUAGACCCAUAUAUAUCGGGUUUGGAAGCAUGCCUCUUGAAGAUCCCAAGAAGACGACUGACAUUGUUCUGGAGGCACUGAAGAGCACUGGACAAAGGGGUAUAAUCGGCAGAGGUUGGGGAAAUCUUGGUACAUCUCCACAAACUUCGGAUAGUGUUUUCUUCCUGGAGGAUUGCCCUCAUGAUUGGCUGUUUCCACAAUGUUCUGCUGUUGUUCAUCAUGGUGGCGCUGGAACAACAGCUACAGGAUUAAAGGCUGGGUGUCCGACAACGAUUGUUCCAUUUUUUGGAGAUCAAUUUUUCUGGGGUGAGAGAAUACAUCAAAGGGGACUGGGUCCUGCUCCAAUCCCUAUCGAUAAACUCAGUGUUGAAGCCCUUUCAGAUGCUAUAAAUAUCAUGCUUCAGCCAGAGGUAAAAUCUCUAGCAAUGGAAUUAGCAAAGCUGAUUGAGAAUGAAGACGGGGUUGCAUCUGCUGUUGAUGCAUUUCACCGACAUUUGCCGCCUCAGUUGCCAGUAUCAGAUGAUGAACCGCCAGAAACCGAAACCGAUGAUAGCCCAAACGUGUUGCAGUGGGUUUUUAUUCAGAUCGGAAAAGUCUGCAGCAUCCCUUGUGGUUAAUAGAUUUCCGCUUGAACAUGUGCACUGUAUAUAAGAUUUAGUUCACUUAAGUAUGUACUGGCUAUUGCAGGAUUAGCAUUUUAUUCAUUUAAUUCAUGGGUGUGCUAUAUUAGCUACGAGAGAACACUAUAAUGGGAGUAUAAAGGAAAUGAUACAAGUAUAGGUUUGUUUUCUAGAUAGUAUGCAAACGAGAGUGUCCUCUAUUCAUAUUCGUUAUAGGUGUAACGGUUUAAUAAUGUAAAAUUAGUUAUUGCAUGAUAUGUGUUCAUGACUCUUAUUUGGAUUUAUAUAUUUGAGAUUUUUUAUUUU